GUCCACGAGGGAGAGAUGGAUGCGGCUCGCACGAUGGUGGACAACGAGUUCCCGGCCGCCGAGAAGAUCCUCCGCGACAUCGAGAACACCAUCCGGAGGAAUCCCACCAUAAGGAGUUUUGUGAUCCUGCCUAUGGAGGACAGUGAGAACCGGUCGCCGGUGUUUCACCAGGAGGACAGCUUGGGCCUGGCCUCGUGGUGCGUCCAGCCGCUCUAUGUCUACACGUAUCGCCGACUGCUGGAGUAUCGGCGGACGCGCCAUCAGCGGCGCGAGGAGCCCAGCACCGUGGCGAGGUGGCUGCUGGGCGCGCUACUAUUCAACCCGAGCGUCACCAUGUUCUGGAACAUGCGGCGGGAACUGGUGCGCGCCGGCAGGCUGGACCCGCGCGACGAGCUGUCGUUUACACGGCCGGUGCUCUAUCACACCCCCAAGUGCUUCGAGGCAUUCUCGUAUCGGGGCUGGCUGAUGCCGUUCGUCCUGGACGCCGAGACGCGGACCGACGUCGCCGAAGCGCUCGCGGAUGACGAGCUGGAGCUCGUGCAGACCUGCGCCGACCGCUACGCAAACAACUACCACGCGUGGAGCUAUCGGCGUCACUUGGUGACCCUGUUCGAGUCGCGCGGCUUGCGGCGCCUCAACUUCGACAGCGAGUGGAUGAGCAUACUCGUCUGGUGCCGACAGCACGUAUCCGACCACAGCGCGUACUCCUACCGACAGUUCCUACUGCGAAAGUACAUCCUGGCGAUGGUCACUUCGGGCAGGGAGGCGCAGCACGACAACGCCGGCUACCGCGCGUUCAGGCACGACGGCCCGUUCCUCUACAUGGGUCGCCACGAGCUCGACGACGACGAGCGGACGUUGCUGGAGCGUAUUCGCGAGGUCGCGCGCCUCGAGCGCGAUCACGGUUACUCGACCACCGACGUUCGCAAGCUCAGGUGCUACCUGGCGGCGCUCUCGUAUUGGACGGAGGAAUGCCUGCAUAAUGAGCAGUACAUUACCGUAUAUGACAAUCAUGAGACGUUGUGGUGCCACCGCAGGUUCCUCGCGUAUCUGAUCGCCGUUCUCACCGCCACGUACGCGAAGCACGCCUGUUACCGUGAGGACGACUUCUGGGACUCCUGGUGUCACGACGACGUCACAACGCUCGCGCCGCUCCUUCGCAAUAAGCGUUUCACCACCGACGACGACUUGCUGAUGGCGGCACACGUGAUGCUUGUCAAGUCGUUUUGCUCCGCCAGCGUUGGUAUCAUCGAGGUGGCGAUUAAACGCCCGCAGGAAAAAGUGCUCAUCGAGAGAUUUUGCAAGUAUCUCGAGAGAAUAGGCCUGCGAUGAUUAGGAUUGGUGCGCGAGAUUUUUUUUCAGGUCGACAAAGGGACGCGAUAACCCGCAAGAUAAGCUGAUCGCAAGGUUUUGCUUGUCAGGGUAAAUCAUAAAUGCGAAAGUGAUAAGUGUGGGAAUCGCGCAAUAAUUUCGCAACAUAAUUUCUCUUUCUCUCUCUGUCUCUCUUUUUGUGAUUAUCAUAUCGUCCAAAUCGUAUGUUAAGACAUAUUCGAUACGUGUGAUAUUAUGCUGUGACAUACAUGGCGUAUUUUAUAUUGAUAUUUAUAUUGGCUGCAAAAAUAGUUUGAUCUUCUUAAGGCUUUUGGCAUUGUUGAAAUACUUUUAAGACGUUUGACAUUGUGUGUUCUCAUCCAGUAUAGUUUUUUCUAAUUUUCUAUAUAUCCAGUUUUUUUCUAAUUUUCUAUAUAUUUAUAUAUUUAUGAGAGAAUGUAUCUCUUUUUUAAAGUAUAUGUUUUUUUUCACACGGCAAGCUUGAAACUUCUUGAAGGAUUAGUUGAUGAUAUUUAAAUUUUUAUGUAAUCAUCUGACCUUUCUUAGCGAGAAAAAAUUAUUUUCUUAUUACUAAAAUAUUUUAAGAAUCUACCAAGAGAGUGCUAGGAAGGAAAGUUUUUCGUGAAACUUUGAAAUAUUCCAAUUUGGUGCUCAAGGAAUUACUCUCUUCGAUUCGUAAAGCAAUCUUUUUCGAGUGUAGCUAGAGCACGAUUGCGAUAAGCAGGAUUCAUUAUAGAUAAACGAAAUCGAAUCGAUACUUAAUUCCCGCAUUGUUCGCUCGCCUAGCGAGUUCGACGAGUCAUCGAGUACACCAGUGAUACGUAAAAGUGAAAUAUAAUAUAAUAACGAAGUGUAGGAUAUAUGAGAAACAAAAUGGCGAACUCGUCUCCGUCGAAAGGGAGUGCGAAAGUUUUUAAUCGUGAGAACAAUUAUGUAUACUUAUAAAAUAUUGAACGAGAAAGAAAAAUGAAGAUGCUAGUUUUCUAA